AUGUCUCCGACCGACGACAGAGUCUCAGCCAACAGGCGGACCACGCGAUCGCGUUACUCGAGUCCGAUGGCCCCAACCAACGGUGCACCCGAUUCGUCGUCUUCGUCGUCGUCGUCGAGGGCUCAAGGCAACGGGAGCGGCACCAACGGUGUCGAGGGACAAAAGACAUUCAUGCAGCGCUGGCUGGAACCCCCCGUGCAGGUAAAAGCCAGCUACCAGGAAGCCGGUCUCGUGCGGCAGCCCGGGGGGGUAUUCGAGAACAUGGCUCCGCUGGGUACGCUGCCAAAGGUCGGGCUUUUUAAGAAGACGGCACCACCUCCGGCCGCUGCCCCUGAGCGCGCACCUACUCGGAUUAUCAUCAAGACCAAACCGGCGGCAUAUUCCACCCCGGUACCUGCACCUCCGCCUGCCCCUGUGGCUGCGCCCGAGGAAGACGAGACGGAAGCAGAUGAGACGGAGGAGGACGACGACGGCAUGACGGAGGAGCAAAUUGAGGAGGACCUGGGGGAGGAGAACCAAGCUUGGCCUGCCAGCAGAGGAGGCCACAAGGCUCGCACAACGGCUGCAGCACAGCGUUCGCGCCGUUCCAUCAUUUCCGGAGACACCGACGACGAGGAAUGGGCGCCGGGCGCAUCGUCUCAAAAAGGCAAGACACGCCGGAAUUCAUCGCGGGCAAGCACCAGGCCGCCGCAACAGCCGGCAGCGAGUGUUAUUGCAGGAACGCGGCCGGCCGACAAGAAAGAGUUCAUCGACAAGGUGGUGGAGGCCGCCGUGGAUGAGGCGCUCACUCAUUUUCGAUACCCCACCGCCUGGGCCCUGCGCACGCUCUACGACGAAAAUUCAUCCAACCAAGAAUUUCUCACCAUGAUGACGAAGGUGUUUCUGCAGACUGCAAACGCCGACGAGCUCGAGGAAUUCGCGCGUCUCAUUCAUGCCAAGAAGAAGGAAGGCAAGAAGAGCCACAAAGCCCGCUCUCACUUCGCGCUCCUGGCAUCCACCAACAGCCGUUCCACGCCGCAUCCGCCGAAGCGGGCCCCCUACGGCAACCUCGUCAAAUUUGACAUGUCAAUCCUGCGUCUCGAUCGUAGCAGCAGCAAAUCUCAGGUUCAAAAGAGAGAGCGACCGGUGGAAGGAACCCAGGAACCUGGGCUCGAGGAGCCCGCCCAGCGCGAUCCUGAGCCUGAGCCGGAGCACGCCGAGCCUGAGCUCCGUCCGCGCAAAAAGCGCAAAGCCCCCAGGCAGCGGGACGCGGCGCCGCCGUCAGCACCAAAAAUGGCCACCAACGGAGUUAGUGGCAAGGCGAACACAGAGACGCCUUCACGAAGACGGACACGGGCGCGCUCGGUAUCCAGCAUCUCUUCCCUUUCUAGCGCACGAUCCCUGUCGCCGCCGGAGAAUAUCCAAGAGGAACAGGACGGCGACCAAGGGGUUGAUGAGACCCCCUCGCGCAACAGCCCUGCGCCGCCCCAACCAAUCAAAGCGGCCAAGCGGCGCCGGUCCAACGCACCGCGCAAGACCCAGAACGUGUCACCCUCCCGACGCUCGCCGGCUGCUGUUUCCACCAGCACCCCUGCGCCUCAGCAACCGGCCGCAGAGGCUGCUUCUUCCCUGCCGUCGCAGCGGCAAUCCCCAGCUGCUGAGCAGCCCGCCGCCGCUCACGACGAGCAGCAACCCUAUGAGAUGCCUGCCGUUGUCGAUUCGCCCUUGUUCCCCAAUCUCAAUCCCAAGAAGGGCAGCAAGUCUGGCGCGCCGGCUCUCGUCAUUGCCACCAAGCUGGGGAAGCUCGACCCAGAAGACCCCAAGCUGCGCAUGCGCGAAAGGGCGCGCACGGUCACGAGCACAGAGUUCCCCGUUAGCAGCGCAAGGGACCCUUCUCCGCUGCGUGCAUCGGGGCGGAAGGACCCGGAGGAACCAAAGGAGGUGCCGGCCAAGCCGGCGACCCCAGCGACGGCGCCUGCAUCGCGGACGCGGAUCACUCUUCCAUCGGCCCGCCCGACGCCCGCACCCAGGGAAGGACGGAGCACGCGCUCGGCGCUCAAGCGGACGCACGAUGAGUUGGAGGACCAGCCAUCGCCGACGGCCGCGAAUUUCGCAGGCUCCGAGGCAGCGUCCGCGGCAGCCGACUCACGUGCUGGGACACCCGCCCUGCGUCCGGCCAAGAAGCCCAGGACCGGGCUCCGAGUUAAGAACUCGCCGAUGAAGAAAAAGAAUGGCACCUCAGCAGGCAUUCCUCGGCCCAGCGGCGAGCGCACCAGUCCUGUGGGCAACGUUCCCCGCGAGGACGAUAAUGACGACUACUGCUCUUCAUGCGGCGGCAACGGCGAGCUCAUCUGCUGCGACGGCUGCACCCGCUCAUUCCACUUUAGCUGCGUGGAGCCGGUCCUUAGGCACGAUGCCAUGCCCGUCGAGUGGUUUUGCAACGUGUGCCGCGCCAACCGCGACCCUGCACACCUCCCCAGCCACAGCGGCCCGUUUGCCAUGCUGUUGGAGAAGCUCGACACCAGGAACUCGAGCGCCUUCCGCCUGCCGGGGCCCAUCCGCGAUCGGUUUGAAGGAGUGCGCACCGGCGCUGAUGGCGAGUACGAGGAGAUAACGCCUGGUGUGAAGCCUACUCGCAAAAAGAAGAACGCCGACGACGAGGUUCCCGACUUCUACCGCCUGCGCGACGCCGACGGCAACGCGGCAAUCUGCCACAGUUGCACCAAGAGCAGUGGCACCGACCGCGCCAUCAUCCCCUGCAGCAUCUGCGGCCUCUGGUGGCAUCUUGACUGCUUGGAUCCCCCCGUGGCCUACCCGCCUGCUCUGCGCACUUGGAAGUGCCCGCUGCAUGCUGACGACCUCCUCGCCACGCUCCCGGCUAUGCUCCACCCGGCACACAAGUACCGCAAGGUCAAAGAUGUGCCCACUAUUCGGCCUGCCUUCACCCGCGGCUAUGUCAACAACGGUUUCAUUGACGUCGACCUAGAUGACGGCGAGAACGAGAGUGGGUGGAACGAUGUCGAGAGCUUUGGGAAGACCGUGCGGCUGUCGGAGCAAGGCAUCAAGCUGGACUUUAUAUCUCGUAUACGGGAACGUUCCAUGGCAAAACCCCAAACCCCGGCUAAGCCCACACCUAGGCCAAUGGAGCAGAGGUCUCUGGAGGAGCAGCAAGCUGCACUCAACUUGGCGCAUCUCAGCAGUACUCGGGACGGCGAUGUUUCCGUAUUGGUCGAUGCCAUGAUUACCCAAGCCGAUCCCUCGGUUAUCGACAUCAUGGCCCGAGCCGAUCCCAGCCACCUGGAGAACCCCGGGCAGCUCAACAAGAUGGACCAGCAGAGCCUGCGCGCUAUUCUUGCCAGGGCCGAGUCCAUGACCCAGCAAAUCCGUCAGCUCCUGGCUUCGGCCACUCCUACGGAACAGCCCCGUCCGCAGGCCCCCGCUGUCUCGACCAACGAAGCGGAGGACGUCCCUGCGCCGACGGUCCCCAGCCUCACUAACUCGCAAUCUCCUGACGCCGAGUCGGACAAUUCGGCCAACAUGGACUCGGAAGACCCCAAUAAUGCCAUGGAACUCGAAAACAUGGCGGCCAAGAGCCCCGCGUCCCCGGCCACCACGGAUGACGUCCCCCCCAUGACCCAGGGCGAGAAGACGCCUGUCCAGGGCGACCAGUCUCCCGCUGCGCUUCUGUCUCUGGAGUCUCUGGAGCAAGGGCCCAGUGCAAUCGAGAAUGGUGGCGUGCUGCCUACUCCGACCAAGGCCGCUGCUAUCCCGGGAGACGAGCCGGUUGUUUUGGAGGCUGGCGGGGAGGGGGAGAAGGCGCUGGGUGAGGAUGAGGUGACGGGGAUUGAGUGA